AAUGAAUCUCGCAGGGGCAUUGCUAUAAGUUUGUAAAUAGAAACAUGCAUUGUGCUCAAACAUAAUCGGUCUCGUCAAUACCUCUUCGUCAUCAGUCGUCCACUUUUUUAGCUCGACCCAUCCAUCGUCAUCACGUUCGCAUCAAACAAUGGACGCUAUCGUAGACCUCAAGAAGACGGACUUUACUGCUACUGUUCAUGAUACUGCCUAUCCAGCCAUCUCGCCUACCAGACCUGAACUCAGUCAAUCGGGUCGAGUGGUGCUGAUCACUGGGGGCGGGACUGGGAUCGGCAAGGCCAUUGCACAGAACUUUGUUAUCGCUUCGGCAUCUCACGUUGUCAUCGUUGGAAGACGCUUGCAAGUCCUCGAAGCCGCCGCUUCCGAGCUCAAAAAGAAAGCACUUGAAGUGGGCAGUCCAAGUCAAGUUCUGACGUUCAAAGCCGACGUGACGGUCAAAUCCGACGUCGUUGGCAUUUUCGACGACAUUGCAUCUAAGGGCCUACUCGUUGAUGUUCUGGUUCUGAAUGCCGCCAAAUUCGCAAAGCUUACACCUUUGAUAGAUCUUGGAAUGGACGAGCUGUGGACACAUAUGGAAGCGAACGUCAAAGGCCCGAUGUUGAUUGCUGAGAGGUUCCUGAAACAGAAUCUCAGCAAGAAGAAGUUUCUCGUAAAUGUCACUACCGCCGCAAUUCAUCAGCAGCACCACCCAUUGAUAACAACCUUGGCGCCCUACGUUCUCAGCAAGUCCGCGGGUACUCUCUUUGUACAGCUUCUUGCCAGACAAGUACCACAGGAUCAAUUGCAAGUCGUCACCAUGCAUCCCGGCACUGUCUUUGCGGACGGCUUCAAAGACCUGGGAAUAACCGAGGAUAUGGUGCCAUUUGACCAGGCGGAUCUUCCAGGCGCUUUUGCAGUGUGGGCGGCAUCAGAGGAGGCUGCCUUUGUCCAUAAUCGCCUAGUAUGGGCAUCGUGGGAUGUGAACGAGCUGGCUCAUGGAGAUGUGAGGAAACGAAUCGAGCAGGAUGAAGACUACCUCAGAAUCAGUGUCAUCGGAUUCGACCUUGGCAAGCGUGCGAAAAGGGACUGAUUGGCCCCGAGAUUGU